AUGAGUGCUAGAAUCCGUUCCACGCGCUCUCAAUGGGCCGCGAGGCUGGUUCGAGAGAAGCUCUCCGAGGAGAUAACCAAGCUCAGGCAGCUGGAGAACCAACAGCGGAGUCAUGAAAAUGAUUCAGGGAUCGCUGCUUUUUCACUAGCGGCAGCGCCUCCGAUUCCUGGCGGCCUCCUUGGAGCGCUUCCCCUUACGCCUUUGCACCUACCACCUGACGAUGCACUUGACCAGCAUCUUCGCAACGGUAUGCAUGCUGGAGUGCCGGAUCACCAUUUCGCCGGUGGUGGCGGCGGCGGCAAUGCCGCCCAUGGCGGGUUCAGUAGCAUUGUACCGGGAUCAGAUAUUGGCGACAAGCACCGAAUCUGCAUUGUCGGAGCCGGUGUGGCGGGCUUGUUCAUCGCUAUGAUCCUGGACAGUCUCGACAUUCCUGGCCUCGAGUAUGAGUUGCUCGAAGCCUCUGACCGCGCCGGUGGGCGCAUGCUCACGCACUACUUCUCCAAAGACGUGCCGCAUGACUACGACGAUAUUGGCGCCAUGCGUUUCCCAAAGAUCGGCAUCAUGGAUAACACAUUCAAGCUCUUCAGCGACCUCAACAUUCCCCUCAUCCCGUACUACCUACAGCCCGAGAGCACGAGCCCGCCGGCCAAAGGCUCUGUCAACUGCCCCACCAUGUACAACGACAUUACCGUCAUUGAUAGCAACGGCCUGUCCGACAAAACCCCCGUGGACCCGUUCCACGUGAGCCAGGCCAAUGGUGGGUCUGUCCCAGACAACACCGUCGAUCGAGUGAGCACUUUACUCGACGAUGCGUUUGGGCCUUUCAAGAAACUACUGGCCAAGCACUUUGAGUCUGGCUUUGCGACACUACUGCAAUACGACAACUACAGCACCCGCGACGGGCUCUUCGACCAAGGCUUCACGGAGUCUGUCAUGGACUCGUUUGAUUUUGAUGCUCCCGAGGAAGGCGGUGUUGAGAAGUGGUUCUGCAUCGAUGGUGGGACCUCGUUGGUGACCGAAGCCAUGGAGAAAAAGAUCAAGCAACCUGUCCAGCGCAAGAAGCGGGUGAACAAGUUCUCUCAAGACGACAAGACCAAGAAGAUCCUGGUGUCUGUCGUUGGAGAGCCAAUUGAAAGCCGUGAGCCCUACACGACCGUCUUCAACACGACCAGUCUGGCGUGCCUUCAGCGCAUUGACCUGACGGGACUGAACCUCCACCCGAGUCAAAAGGACGCCAUCAGAACGCUGCACUACGACGACAGUGCAAAAGUGGCCAUCAAGUUCUCGUACCCUUGGUGGAUCACCAAAUGUGGCAUCAGCAGCGGUGGCACCGCAUCCACGGAUUUGCCCAUCCGCACCUGCGUGUAUCCCUCCUACAACAUCAAGGACCCCAAAGACAAACCUGCGGUACUCCUCUGCAGCUACACCUGGGCUCAAGAUGCUACGCGUAUCGGCAGUCUGAUCAAGAAUAAUACCAACGGCAGCAACGAUCCCGACCAAGAAGAGUUGAAAAACCUCAUUCUGGACAACCUCGCCCGACUGCACUUGGAGAACUUCCGAAAGCAGCAGAAACAGCCUGACAUGCCACUCGAGGAGGUCCGCCAGAUCAUUGGUGACGCGUACGUCGAGCAUCAUGCAUUCAGCUGGUCCCAUGAUCCAUUCACCUCGGGGGCCUUUGCCUUGUUCGGGCCAGGCCAGUUCGCGAACCUUUACCCAUAUCUCUCCCGUCCGGGGGCCGACAGUCGGUUCCACAUCUGUGGCGAAGCUAGCAGUGCCCACCAUGCUUGGAUUGUGGGUGCUCUAGACAGCGCUCUAGCCAGCGUGCACCGCUUCCUUCGUCGCUUUGAGCUGUGGGAGUACCGGGAGAAGCUUGAGAAAUUGUGGAUAACUCCAGGGGAGGUUGAAGAUGACGUGACAGGCACACUGCAUUUACAGGUCGCGCUCGGUAAGCUCCCGCAGAGUCGCAUGGUACAGGUCUGA